GCCAGCGCAUCACUUAUUUAUUGCCCAAGCCAACACACCUCCUCCUCACUCAAUAAUAAUAAUAAUAAAUAAUGACUUAUUUGCAGACCGUGAUUGAAUUGCAUAUAGAGUAGUUCGGAUAAUUUCAAUUGUCUAAAUAUCUUUUAAAUGAUCAAAUUUCGUUGAAAGAGACCCUUCGCGGAAUGUAUAAUUUCCUCCCUCGAAGAAUUUGAAUUUUUUUUCUAAGAAAGAUGUAUUUACGAGAUGCUGUGACUGCAAGAAUGAUCUGCGGCUCAAUUGAGGAGAAGGCGGAUCCCUAUAAAUAACAGCACCCCGCUCCGCAAGUCCCGUAAGUAACCUUCGCUCCUCCGCCCCUUCUGAAUAAAUAAAAAACAAACACCUCCUUUACGAAUCUCUCCCCUCAUUACUCCCAUUAUUAUACUAAAUAACUCCGCCGGAAUAUCCGGAUGGACGUCCGCCGGAGACCCCCUAGACCACCCGUCCCCACCAACACCAACGCCGCCUUCUCCGGAAACCACCACCAUCUGCACCACCGGAAGAAGUCACCGACUCCGAAAGCCUCAGACGCCCUCCCUCUCCCACUGUACCUAACCAACGCCAUUUUCUUCACUCUCUUCUUCUCCGUGGCCUACUUCCUCCUCCACCGUUGGCGCGACAAGAUCCGAUCCCACACCCCACUCCACGUGGUCACCCUCUCCGAACUCGGCGCCAUCGUCUCCCUCAUCGCCUCCUUCAUCUACCUCCUCGGCUUCUUCGGCAUUGGCUUCGUCCAAUCCUUCAUCGCGCGUGCCUCCAUACACGACUCCUGGGACCUCGACGACGACGCCGUCCCAGUAGAUGCUGCGUACAUACCUCUUCCCAAAAUCAUGGAUCCUCCGCCGCCGCAGCUGAUCUCUUCCGAGGAAGACGAGGAAAUCGUCAAAUCCGUCGUCAACGGCACGGUACCAUCGUACGCGCUGGAGUCACAACUGGGAAACUGCCAUCGGGCGGCCUUGAUUCGGCGCGAGGCCGUGCAGAGACUGACGGGGAGGUCACUCGUUGGAUUGCCUUUGGAGGGGUUUGAUUACGAGUCGAUUUUGGGGCAGUGUUGCGAAAUGCCUGUGGGGUAUGUGCAGAUUCCGGUUGGGAUAGCGGGGCCGUUGCUGAUGAACGGGUGUGAGUACUCGGUGCCCAUGGCUACAACGGAGGGGUGUCUGGUAGCGAGUACCAACAGAGGGUGUAAGGCCAUUUAUGGUUCGGGUGGGGCCACCAGUAUUCUUUUGAGAGAUGGGAUGACUAGGGCUCCUGUUGUCAGGUUUCCUACGGCCAAGAGAGCUUCCGACUUGAAAUUCUUCUUGGAAAAUCCUCUUAAUUUCGAUACUUUGUCCGUGUUUUUUAACAAAUCGAGCAGAUUUGCAAGGCUCCAAGGUAUUCAGUGCUCUAUUGCAGGGAGAAAUCUGUACAUGAGAUUUAGCUGCAGCACUGGGGACGCGAUGGGGAUGAACAUGGUGUCGAAAGGUGUUCAAAAUGUUUUAGAUUACCUCCAAACUGAUUUUCCAGACAUGGAUGUAAUUGGCAUUUCUGGGAACUUCUGUUCGGACAAGAAGCCAGCUGCAGUUAACUGGAUUGAAGGGCGCGGAAAGUCGGUUGUUUGCGAGGCAAUUAUCAGUGAAGAGGUAGUUAGGAAGGUGUUGAAAACUACCGUACCUGCACUUGUAGAGCUUAACAUGCUCAAAAAUCUUGCUGGAUCUGCUGUUGCUGGUGCCCUUGGUGGUUUCAAUGCCCAUGCUGCCAAUAUAGUCUCUGCUGUAUUCAUAGCUACGGGGCAGGAUCCAGCACAGAAUAUUGAGAGUUCCCACUGCAUAACUAUGAUGGAAGCAGUCAAUGAUGGAAAGGAUCUUCAUGUUUCAGUGACCAUGCCUGCCAUUGAGGUGGGCACGGUUGGAGGCGGUACUCAACUUGCAUCUCAGUCAGCUUGCCUUAACCUUCUUGGUGUGAAAGGUGCAAGCAAAGAGUCCCCGGGAUCUAAUGCUAGGCUUUUAGCCACCAUUGUAGCUGGAUCAGUUUUGGCAGGUGAGCUAUCCUUGAUGUCUGCCAUUGCAGCUGGGCAGCUUGUCAAGAGCCACAUGAAAUACAACAGAUCAAGCAGAGAUAUCUCCAAUCUUGCAUCUUAAGAGGAAAUAAAGUCCCAAGCAACUAACAUUCAAAGAGGCCGAGAAAGCAAAGUUGGGGAGGACAAAGGUGAACAACACCCAUGUGAGAUCGGUUGUCCAUCCGCAAAGAUCACAAUCAUGUGAUGUGAGAAGACAUUAGGCUAACUUGCAUGGUUGUACUCUAGUGUCUUUCUCUCUGUCUCCACCUCCCUCUCUCGCUCUCGUGUGUGACCACUGUAGACCCCUUGGAUAUCGAGUUAGUUGUGUGUCCCAGUUGUGAACUUGAAACUUGUCUUCCCUCUCCUGUUUCGAUUUGUUUUGUGCCAUUAUUUGUUGUAAUUGGGGGCCACAUUGUUUUGAGUACUUGCUCAAUUGUUGUUUUAUCUCUUGUUGAUUUGUACACAAGAUUAAAUUUUGUCA